AAAUCUCUUCAGAAUGAAGUGGGCCCUUAUUGUCCUGCUGCUUCUUUUUAACCUUGUUCAACCAAUCCAACCAUCAACCAACCCUCGGACAGUUGAUGACCCAGUGUAUUGGAGUCUCUGCGAAGGAAUGGAUAGCAAAGAUCCUCUUGUCAGAAAAUUGGCCAAAAAAGGAUGUAACUCUCUCUGUAAAAAAAAGGGGUGGUACUACGGCGCUUGCAGGACCGUGGGAGUGUGCACGUGCAUAUAAACGAGAUUGAUUUGAGCAUGGCAUGAUCCAGCUUUCUCAUGUUCUCUGCCAUCGUGAUGUCUGCUUUGCGAAAC